UUUUUCCUCUUACUCAUGCUACCUGUUAUCUCUUCCAAGAAGAGACCUUUCUAAUAAGUAUAACCUUGUGCUAAUAUAUUGAUGGAAAACUGUCAUGCUUAGUCAGUCGUACGAUACUUGGCACACUUAUGAAAACAAAGAUGUAAUUUUGUUUAGUACAGACAACAUAAAUAAAAAAUCGAGAAAAACAUCUUACGAGACGAAUCGUGCUACAAGUUGCAGAAUACGUCCAUAGUUUGCACUUAAUACACAGUUAUUAAAAUUUUUAGUUAACAAUGUGUCUCUUUGUAUUUUUGGCCUUCUCUUCCUGGGUCGGGACGAUGGCUGCGAUCGUGCAAGGAUCCAUUGCAACUACAACGUGGGGUACUGUAAAUGGUCAGGAAAUCAAGAAGUUUACGUUGAAAAAUAAAGCUUCUCAAGAAGUCGAUGUCAUAACAUAUGGUGCGGUGGUAACCGCUAUUAGAACGCCAGAUAGAGAAGGAAAUGUAGCGGACGUUGUGCUCGGCUUUGACAAUAUCGAAGGUUACCUUUCAUCAAAUAAUCCACACUUUGGUGCCACAAUUGGACGAGUCGCAAAUCGUAUCGGCAAAGCAACUUUUGUUGUGGAUGGCCAACGUUAUAACGUGUCCAAAAAUAGUGGUGAGAACAGCCUCCACGGUGGUACUCACGGUUGGAGUUCCAAGGUAUGGGAUGCAACAAUUCAGGACAAUUGUGUGGUGAUGACUUUGGUCAGUCCGGAUGGUGAUGAGGGUUAUCCGGGCUCAGUAACAGCGAUAGCGAGCUUCCAACUGAUGAAUGAUGGAGAGUUGCACAUAGAGAUGAAAGCCCAUUCCAAAAAGGCGACGCCGGUUAAUUUAACGAAUCAUAGCUACUUCAAUCUCGCUGGACACGCCACAAACGCAUCAGAAAUGUAUAAACAUGUGAUUACGAUGAACGCCGAUCGCUGGACUGUCACGGAUUCCGAGAGCAUUCCGACUGGUGAGAUUCGAUCAGUUGCGAACAGCAUAAUGGAUCUAAGGAACCCAACAAAGUUCGGUGAUGUCAUCGACAAAGUACCGGGCGGCGGUUACGACAAUAAUUUCUGCUUGCCGAAGUCGAGCAAUGAUGGGAAAGUCAAUUUCGUAGCCAAAGUAGUGCAUCCAUCUUCAGGACGCCGGUUGGACGUAUACUCGAAUCAACCGGGCGUUCAGCUUUACACGACCAAUUCUGUACCUGAAAAUGGCAUCGUGGGCAAAGACGGAGCAAAGUACUUCAGACACGCCGCUUUUUGCUUGGAAACGCAAAAUUAUCCUGAUGCUGUAAAUCAUAAAAACUUCCCAAACAGCGUGCUGCGACCAUGCGAUACAUACAAUCAUGUUGUCUUGUACAAAUUUGGAGUAGAAAAUUAAUGCAUUUCCAUUUCUCUGUUAUAAAUUUUGAAAAAUUAAACAAAUAUUAAAUAAUAAUUAA